AUGCACCCUGAAUCCGGCACCAAGUCCCAAUGGCGCAAGUUCUGGAAAACCAAGAUUCCACAUAGAGCCCGUUCUUUCUGGUGGCGAUACAAGCGUGACAUUAUCCCAUGUGGCACGCUUCGGGCCCACAGGUGGAAACAGGACGCCCAUUGUGACGCUCAGGGAUGCAGGGAAAGAAAGGCUGACAAAAACCACCAUGUCUUUGGAUGCAGGGGCAAGUACCUAGCAUGGCAGUUCAUUUUGAGAGAAUACACGGACAAGCCCACAUGGUCCGAUGAAGAUCUCCAUACUUUGCUAUCCUUUAAACCCCCCAUCUUUUCCAUUAAGCCCAAAUACAGCAUCACCCCUCCACAAUUGCCAGCGUGCUGCCUUAUAGCAGAUCUCAAAGGGACUCGGAUUUCCGGGGGUAUCGGCAUAACGUCUCAUGAUCUUAUUCCCGAUGACAAUCGUCCUGUCCCCAUAAAACGCACGUUCACAGCAGCCUGGAGACUCCACAAGGAUAUGACUGGGGAAGUUGUGAAGAACUCUUAUCACAAGAUUCCAGACUGGGUCGCCACCGGGCCGGUCGAGCAUGUCCCUGUUCUCACUCGCUCGAUCAAACGCCGGCUCCAACAUUGGGAUGACUUUCCAUGGUCUCAUAAAACUCUCCCAUCCGAGGACAAAGUGAGCCAGAUCAUCUCUAUGGGAUCGACGUUGGAGACCAAGUUUGCUGGCGCCGAGCGCUGUGCUUCUUCCCACCUUAUCUACUACCGUUUGGAACCGUUUGGGAUAGUCUCAUUGUUUACCGCUAGAUUGCUCGCUCAGGUCAUCUUCACCAAAAGGCUUGCCGGACGGCUCAUCGAUUUGGAGGCAUGGAUAACCACGGUGGUAAAGGAGGACAAUCCUGCGUUUUCGACUUACCUCAUCGAACAGCUGUUUAAGGACAAGGAUUACGAGUCGAAACAGUUCGAACCGGCGUACACCAAGAUUUCUGUCCGCAAGGAGAUAACCUACUCGAUUUGUUCCACCAGUCAACUGACCGAUGAUGCGAUCAGUUUUAUUUUAUUGACGCUGGCUCGCCGUUACGGACAAGACGACAAAACCCUUUUUAUGCCGCCUCUGAAUGGCCAGGACUGGAAUUAUGGGAAGGCGUUCAUUGUAAAGCGCACGCCCACAAAAAUGUUCUCCAUUAUCCACAUGGAUGGUCAUUGGGGUGUGGUCUUCUUUGAUCUACAUGUCCAUACCAUUGCUUUUGGGGACUCCUUGAACAGAGGGGUUCCCUUGGAGUCCAUCAAAGCAAUCGUCGACUGGAUCAGUAUGGCUGACGACCGUACAGACCGCCAGGCCUGGGACAUAGCCCUGCUGAAUAUCCAGUCCUUCCCGGUCCAACAGCAGUCUAACUCCUUCUCCUGUGGCAUCCUUGCCAUCAUGGCCAUCGAGCGCCGCUGCAAUCCCUAUGUGGACUGGAAACCUCAUACCUCUCCUCAGGCGCAACGGAUUCGCUUCCUGCGUCUCCUUUCCAAUUUCUCAAAGAUCGAGGACGAUAUGUUUUUCAGUGCUUACUGGAAACAUCACACCCUUAUUCCAUACGAAACCCAUGUGGAUGAGGUUGUUAAACUCAUGCAAUGGGAACUUGGACGGCAGGCCGAGGCGAAGCAGCAAUGGGAGGCCGAGCGGAAACGUCUGCAGAACGAGAAGGUCGAGGAAUACUAUCGGCGUAAAACAAAGCAGGAGCAGGAUGAGGUCCUACGUCGCUUCCACGAAAGAAAACGGGCCGAGGAGACUCAAAAGGCAGAGAGCGCUCUCAAGUCUGAUGUCGCCAGCCAACACAAGGACGCCGGCAAGUUCGAGGACCCUUCCGACGCGGACAAGACCCUAGCCCCUAAGGAGACCUUUCAGGACGAAGAGUACAUAAGGACUCUUCCUCCCUGA